AUAAAAAAAAGAGGCUGUGCAGCAUGAGUGCGACCGAUGGUGCCGAGCUGAGGCGAAGGUUGCUAGCGGAAGGCGAUAGCAACCAGCAGCAACCGCAGGGAAGCCCUAAACAGCAACAGCAGCCAGCACAACAGCAACAACAACCGCCGGAGUGUGCCACCACGGAAAACUCCGACCAUGUUGACUCGGAAACGGAAACAGAGGAACGGCUGCCAGAGGAAAAGUACGUGGAAGAGAUGGCCAAAAACCUUCCCCAGGGAACGAACAAAAUGCCCGAAUUGCUGGGUGCAGUGUUAAGCGGUCUGCCGGAAAGAUGGAAGAACUGGGUGAUACGAGGCAUCUUCACCAUGAUUAUGAUCAGUGGAUUCUGUUUGAUCAUCUACGGUGGACCUUUAGCUCUGAUGGUUACGGCUCUCGCUGUACAAGUGAAAUGUUUCCAGGAGAUCAUUUCGAUUGGCUACUCGGUGUACCGCAUCCACGGACUGCCAUGGUUCCGCAGCCUGUCCUGGUACUUCCUGCUAACGUCCAACUACUUCUUCUACGGUGAAAAUCUUGUCGAUUACUUUGGUGUUGCGGUUAGCCGUGUGGACUCACUCCGUUUUCUAGUCAAAUACCAUCGUUUCCUGUCGUUCUGCCUGUACUGCAUUGGAUUCGUCUGGUUCGUGCUAUCGCUCGUAAAGAAGUACUACAUGAAACAGUUCAGCCUGUUCGCCUGGACACAUGUCGCGUUGCUGAUUGUCGUAACGCAGAGCUAUCUGAUCAUACAGAACAUUUUUGAAGGAUUAAUUUGGUUCAUCGUACCGGUAUCGAUGAUCGUUUGUAAUGAUGUGAUGGCGUACAUGUUUGGGUUCUUCUUUGGCCGUACGCCACUGAUUCAGCUUAGUCCAAAGAAAACUUGGGAAGGUUUUAUUGGCGGUGGAUUUGCGACGGUUAUCUUUGGUCUCGUUGCAUCGUACUUCCUCUGUCAGUUCCAGUUCUUUGUCUGUCCGAUUGAGUAUUCGGAAGCGGAGGGACGUAUGAUAAUAGAGUGUGAGCCGAGCUAUCUGUUCCGGCCACAGGAGUACAGCAUCGCAUUGUUUGGCGCUAGCAAAACCAUCACGAUGUAUCCUUUCCUGCUCCACUCGCUCUCGAUGAGCAUCUUUAGCUCGGUAAUUGGACCGUUUGGCGGUUUCUUCGCCUCUGGAUUCAAGCGUGCAUUUAAGAUUAAGGAUUUCGGAGACAUGAUUCCCGGACACGGCGGUAUUAUGGAUCGUUUUGACUGUCAAUUUUUAAUGGCCACAUUUGUGAACGUUUACAUCUCUAGCUUUAUUCGCUACGCGUCACCACAGAAGCUGUUAAAUAUGGUAUACAAUCUAAAGCCGGAAGAGCAGCUACAACUUUUCAACCAGCUAAAGGACAGCCUGGAGGAGCGAAAUAUUAUCAAUUUAACUUAA